UACUCGAGUCAAUUUGGGUGUAAUAAUUUCCCUGGUUGUUGCCUACAUAAUUCUUGUCAUUCUUAUAAUUCUUCUUAUUUUACUCUGGUUACGCGUCAAAACUCUCAAAUCCAGUAAUUCAGACUUCGAUGAUUCUAAUAGUGUAGAAGACUUUGUUAUCAAAGACUUUUUUAUCAAUUACGUCGAAUCUGAAGAACCCAUCACAUCAAAUAGUGUGUUGUACCCUCCAGUUGCCUUUGGCAAUUUCAAAAACCAUGUUGAAUCACUUAAAGCUGAAGGUCAAAUGACUAAACUAUUUCAGUACUUGAAAGAUUCGGCCACUGAACAGGAGAGAAGGUUGCAGCUUUCCGUUAAUGCAGCAAACGAGAUGAGAUCGCGAAAUAGAUACAGUGAUAUCAUACCCUAUGACCAGUCGAUGGUAAUUCUUGGACGAAAAUGGCCACUGCCUUUGACCGAUCCAAAACCCAAUGUUAUCAGUGGAUUGUUGAGUGCGGCUUAUGUGAACGCCUCGUUCGUGCGUGGUCCACUUUUUACUCCAACCGGUUGUGCAGUUCCUGCAACCUACUCCCAACCUCCUGAUUACAUUUGCACACAAGGACCCCUUGAAAAUACUGUUGCCGAUUUUCUAACUAUGAUCUACCAGCAACGUGUUCCUCACAUAAUGAUGCUUUGCAGGUAA